UCCUAUUACUCCCAUCUUGCAGAUGAGGAAACUUAAGCAAAGAACGGUUCAGUAACUUCCCCAAACCCACAGUUAGAGAUUAACCUCUGCCUUGUAAGCUUUCUCAAAGGGGCUAGGUAUGAUUAUCUUGCUUUUGCAGACAGGAAAGCAAAGACUUAGAAGAGUAAACAAAGGGACUCAUCCAGAUAUGGUCAGCCCCACAGUGAGGGUUCAAACCCAGGUCUGUCUAACCUCAAAACUCCUGUCUAACAUAUUCUGCUCUUUAAUACUUCAUCUUAAGGUGUCAAUCUGAGAAGGAGAUGACUGGGAAAUUUAGGUUCCAUGGACAUAAGAUAUUAAAUAAUAAACUAUUAAAAACUAUUUUUAAAAGAAACCUGAUGGAUCUGAUUGAAAAAUCCCUGCUAAUAUUUUCUAGGAGAACACUGCUUUUUGAAUCAUUCUUUUUUACACUUAUUAGCUGUCAUUAGCCUGAUCAAGUAGAAUACAGUGGUCACUUAUCAUUCACAGACUGAGGAAAUGCAUAAACCAGAACGGGGAGAAGAGCCUGAGAAGGGAAACCACACUGGCCAGGGUGCCAGUAACUUCUUUUUUGCUUUAGUGACAGUUUCUCACCCUUCCACUAGUAAAGGAGGGCAUAGUCAAGACUUAGCACAUGCUUUAUAAGAAUUCAUAUCCCUCCUGCCCUUGGGAAUUUCCUCCACCUGACUCAUCUAUUCAAUAUCAUGGACUAAGGGCUCUCUCACAAUGAUCUGCUUUUCAGAUAAUACCAUCCAGUCGAUUUUCUGUUGCUGUUGCUGCUGUUCCGUGCAGAAGCGACAAGUAAGAACACAAAUAAGCCUAAGCAAAGAUGAAGAAUUUUCAGAAAGAUACACUCCGCGUCGCAGGCUGUGGUUCAGCGAAUUGCCAAGUAAGAAGCGAGCCAACAGAGGCCACAUGCAACCAUCAAAACGCAAGCCACUGCCUCCCCUCCCACCCUCUGAGGUUACUGAAGAGAAGAUCCAAGUAAAAGCCCUGUAUGAUUUUGUGCCCAGAGAGCCGUGUGAUUUAGCCUUAAAGAGAGCAGAGGAGUACGUGAUAUUGGAGAAGUAUAAUCCUCACUGGUGGAAGGCAAGAGACCGUUUGGGGAAUGAAGGCUUAAUCCCAAGCAACUAUGUGACUGAAAACAAACCAACCAAUUUAGAAAUAUAUGAGUGGUACCACAGAAACAUCACCAGAAAUCAGGCAGAACGUAUUUUGAGACAAGAGUCUAAAGAAGGUGCAUUUAUUGUCAGAGAUUCGAGACAUUUGGGAUCCUACACGAUUUCUGUGUUUAUAAGAGACAGAAGAAAUAUGGAGGCUACCAUCAAACAUUAUCAGAUUAAAAAGAACGACUCAGGACAGUGGUAUGUGGCUGAAAGACACCUCUUUCAGUCAAUCCCCGAGUUGAUCUGGUAUCACCAACACAAUGCAGCAGGUCUCAUGACCCGUCUCCGCUACCCAGUUGGACUGAUGGGCAGCUGUUUGCCAGCCACAGCGGGUUUCAGCUAUGAAAAGUGGGAGAUAGAUCCCGCUGAAUUGGCGCUUGUGAAGGAGAUUGGAAGCGGUCAGUUUGGAGUAGUCCAUUUGGGGCAAUGGCGAGCACACAUCCAGGUAGCUAUCAAGGCCAUCAGCGAAGGCUCCAUGUCUGAAGAAGACUUCAUUGAAGAGGCUAAAGUGAUGACGAAAUUAUCGCACUCAAGGCUGGUCCAGCUGUACGGAGUGUGCGUUCAGCAGAAGCCCCUCUACAUCGUGACGGAGUUCAUGGAGAACGGCUGCCUGCUGAGCUAUCUCCGAGAGAGGAGGGGAGCGCUGCGGAAGGAAAUGCUGCUGAGCAUGUGCCAGGAUGUCUGUGAGGGAAUGGAGUAUCUGGAGAGGAGCCGCUUUAUUCAUCGGGAUUUAGCAGCAAGGAAUUGUUUGGUCAGUGCUGCAAGUAUAGUGAAAAUAUCGGACUUUGGAAUGACGAGGUACGUUUUGGAUGAUGAGUAUAUCAGUUCUUCUGGGGCCAAGUUCCCCGUCAAGUGGUCCCCUCCUGAAGUUUUCCACUUCAACAAGUACAGCAGCAAAUCUGACGUCUGGUCGUUUGGAGUUUUGAUGUGGGAAGUUUUUACAGAAGGAAAAAUGCCUUUUGAAAAUAAGUCAAAUUUGCAAGUUGUGGAAGCCAUUUCUAAAGGCUUCAGGCUGUACCGUCCUCAACUGGCACCAAUGUCCAUAUAUGAAGUCAUGUACGGCUGCUGGCAUGAGAAACCCAAAGGCCGCCCGACGUUCACUGAGUUGCUGCAGGUUCUCACAGAGAUCGCGGAGACCUGGUGACACGAAUGGGAGGCCAACCCAGAGGAUCAUCUUGCAAAAUUAUCACAAAAGGAAAUCCUGUUCGGGGUCACUGAUGAUGAACACCUUCCUUUAGAGUUGCUGACUCUUGGAAACAGUGCAAAGAUCACAGGCUUUUCAAACUUUAAAAUUUAAAAAUACUCUGACAGUCAUAUUUUCUACAGGGAUGUCUUUGAAAGGGACUUUCCGACUCUCAUUUUUCUGUGUUGUUCUCCGUGUCCCAUGUGAAGAGGGGGAAAAUGCUCCAUAGCGGUCUUCAUAGUGGCUGCUCUUCCCGAGAAGAGCCCUGGGAGCCCCUGAGAGUGAAAAACUCUGCCAACUCAUGGAAUAAAGGAGCCUCCCCUGCAGAAUUCAACCCUUUUGAGCUGGACUGACCUUUGUGGAAGAUGCACCUUUACAAGACACAUGAAUGUGAACAUUCUUAAACUGUCUUUUAUAAUCUCCCCUAUGUUAUUUAAGGACUUGGUUUUGCACAUACCUGAUUAUUUUGGAGACAGUUUCUUGUAUUCCAGUUUUAAACACUGUGAAGGCAAAGUUCUUUGAACAGGUCCCGGUGGCAUUUCUGUUUCCAGUAAUAUCCAUUGUCAGGGUCAGUUGAGAACUUGAAUUUGAAUUCUGCAGUUUCACGCUUUGUCCAUGUGAAAUUGGAUGACUUAAGAAGCCUCCUUUUAAAACGGGUAAUGGAUCUAUUUUCUUUUCUUUUCCCUACAGUGUCAAAGAAUGCUUAUUGCAAAGUUGGGUAAAGAAAAGUGACACAUUUUGAAGAUUUCAUAUCUUUUCUGAGUGAAAUUCUCAAUUUCUUUGGUGUAUAGUUGACAUUAUAUUCGUUUCAGGUAGACAGCAUAGUGAUUCAAUGUCUCUGUAUGUUAUGCUGUGCUCAGCACAAGUGCGGCUGCCAUCUGUCCCCAUACAUUGUUAUUACUAUAUCACUGACAAUAUUUCAUAUGCUCCGCCUUUUAUUCCUGUGACUUAUUGAUUCUACAACUGGAAGCCUGUGUCUCCCACCCCCACCCCCUCUCUCCAGCAACCAUCCGUUUGUUCUCUGUAUUUAUAGGGCUUCUGUAAGAAGCCUCAUUUUGUCAUAGGAAAUUCCUCCAGUACCUCUCUAGAAGACGGCUUGCUUUUCUCAUAAGAACAAGAGGAGGCAAACACAAGAGAGCCAAGCGUCACCUCCAACUCCAUUAUUUCUGAAGCCCGGGGUUUUGGAUUCAAGAUAAAAAUAACCACGGUCAUAAUUAAAUCUUAAUUCCUUGGGCGCUGUUUGUAGGAA